UAGUGCGAAAUGUUUGAUAUUUCAAGGUCAAGGUAUUGGGGCACUGCUUUCCCUUUUUCACUGACUUGCAAGGAGCGCUAUCAAUAUUACUUAUUGUUGCCUUUUAGUAACAUCUUUGUAUAUCGAUGAUAUGUAAGAAAUACUUGUUUCAAGAGAAAAAUUAUUUCAUGGAACUUAAAUUGACAUAUUUACUAGUUUAUGAUUAAUAGUUUAUGAAAAACAAGUUAAUGGUGGGAAGUCCCUUGUUUAAAAAAAGCAGUGGAGCCUUGGGAAGCUUUGGAGCAGUCUUGGGAGUGAAAUUCUGGUUAUCCCAAGAGCUGAGAGGUUAUUUCACAGGAUCAAAAGUGCUAAAAAUAAAUACUAGAAUUUCCUAUGGUUUUGAAGAAGCAACUUCUGUGUACGUGGUUCUGGGUGUUGUCUCUUGGCUUCCCUUUACCUCAGAAGAUUUUGAACUAUUGGUUAAUUUUAGCAAUAUUUAACAGGCAAGAGUCUCAAAAUGUAGCAUUCCUGCAUGUGGUAACAGAAGUGGUACUACUCAUGCUCCUGUUGAGAGAGAGGCUAAUAAUCUAACCUCCUGCUAGCCACCAGAAUAUUAGUGGAGGAGUACCAAGUGUAAGAAGAACACUAUUGUGUAAUAAAUUAUAGCUAAGAAGUCCUUACCUUGCAUUUUUUGUUGAUGUUUAUGGCUACCCAUGUUUUGAUUAUACUGGAAAAAAUAGUUACAAGUUUCUCUGACAUACACCAAAGUGCUGAAAGGCUACUCUGUGCCCCCUUGGUGUUGCAGUGAUGCGGUAUAUCUGGUUUCAUCAUAAUGACUAUAUCCUAAACCAAUUAUUUUAGUUUAUAAGCCUGUUGUUAUUCUCCAUUGCAUGUUUAAUGUUGGUUUAGCAAACCACCAGUGCCUGUGUGCCGUGAGGAUAUGGAGAAUGCUCUACCAUUCCCCAAGGCAGAUAUCAUACACAAAUUCUUGGAAGACUGUUUACAUGACAAAAGGUCAGAAAAUACUUUUUCUGGAGGUCAUCAUCACAGGCCCCUUGAAGCUUUGAAGCUAAUGUUGUUUAAACUUCAAGCAAUUCAGGGAAGUUUAAGCCAGAAUGAAACUGCUGAGCAAAAGGAAGAGUUUGAGAAACUUUCUGAAACAGCAGAGGCUGAAUUAAAACUGUGUGACAGUGAGAUAAUCGCUCUUACUAAUUCUAUUCAGAAGGCUUUACACCAUUUGUCACAUCGGAGAAGUCUUGUUGAAGAUAACAGUAACCAAUGAGAAAAGACUGAUGAUCAUGAAGAUAAACAAAAAAUAAAAAUAAUCUGUGAAGCUGAUACCUAGAAGUGUUUUAAUAUUGUAUAAUUUAAAUAACUUGUCAGCCUGACCACUAGUCAGAAUUUUUUUUGAAGGCUGAGCCAGUGCAUGUUCUCAGAAAUGUUGUAUUCACUAUUUCUGUACAUAUUUGUUCUUUUUAGUAAUUCAAAGCAUAAUUGAGUAUUAGUGCUGCCAGCAGGAUCUAACAAUAUGUGACAAGAUAUACCACUUUUUAAAGAAUAUUUAAUUAAAAUAAUGCCAACAUUUUAAUGGAAGAAUCUGCGUGUUUAUAAGAAUUUACAAAAAAAUUAUUUGGCCAGUUCUACUCAUUGUUUAUUACAUGACCUGUUAGAAAUAGGGGGAGCUCAACAUCGUGUGUAAAGUUAAGCAGUGAGGUUUAGCAAUAAAAUUACAUAAUAUUUUCAGUGCUGUUCGUUCUAACAGGACUUGAGUUGAUGUAAUUGUAUGCUCCUGGUUCCCUGACCACAAACUUACCAAAUAUAUUGUAUCAAAAAGCAUCUGAAGUCUUUUUGAAUUGUCCUCCUUUCACACCCCAGUGAAGCCUGGUUCUUUGGGGAGAGAAGGCCCUUGUUUAGGGGCAUCCUGUUUAGGGGCAUGGAAAGUUUCAGCUGAGCUGAUCCAGAGCUGUUUGUCACUGUUACUGGGAAGUCCUAAUCACCCUUCCAUUUUCCUUGGCUUUGUUCUUGGCUUUAGAGCAUAUAAAAUCGUUCAGUGGGCCUAAAUAGGCAGAGAAGUAAUAGAUUAUUUCUUCCCCCCACCCCCCCAGCAUAAUUGAAUAGAAUUAGCUCGUGAAAGCCACUGAUAAGCACUGGAACUUGUGCAGGGGAGAGAGGACUAGAACUUAUGCCAUUUGCCAACAGCAAAUUGAGAGGCAAAGAGAAAAGCUGUAAGUAAUAACUUGAGUUGUGAACUGAAAUAUAUUGACAAACAUUUUGAAAGGAGCCUUUUGUACCUCUUCUGAGGCUUACAUAAUGUAGCCUAGCAUUUUGUGCUGUCAGUAGGCAUGUCGCCAUACAUUUUGUUUUUCUAGUGAACUCUUUCCUUUUAAUCUGCGUAUUUAUGUAUGUACACAUGAGAAAGCAGGUACUUGAGCAUGUACUGAUUCUGAUAAAUUAAACCAGAAGAAAAAGUAAAAAGAUUACCUAUGUAUUUCUCCCAUCUUCCUGUUAAGAAUUAGUAAGUAGAGAUAGAGUAAUAGAUGACUUCAUUUUAUGGCUGUCAUGACAUCAUGAAAAUAUACAUAGGUCAUAAGUAAUACAUAGUGUUAUUUCAGGCAGAUGUUAUUGGCCUUUCUUAAAUGCUGCGCUAGAUCAGAGUAUAGAAAAUAAAAUCACUCCUAGAAAACUUCCUUGUAGAAACUUUUUAUAACACAUUGCAUUGCUGAGAUGUGAAUGUACAAACCCAUUGAUACUGUGGGUAUAACUGUUGUCUGCAUUAAGCUGCUAUCUGUUUGCCAGAGGUAAUUUUAUUAAAAGAAUUCAGAUGUGCAAAGAAAGAUGAGGUGUUUUUCCUGAUGUCAUAUGUGUUUGUGUAUGGAUUACAAUGAAUUUGCUCUACUUUUGCACUACUCUGGAUGCUAUGUGUAGGUGGUUACACACAG